GAAGGUUUAGCAUAGGAAAUAGCAAUGCAACUCAUGUACAGUGCACCAUUCUUCUUGUAUUUUCUAGCUACUCCACCAUGACUCUGGAAGCGCCACCGCUCAGAACCGCGUACCUCCAGAAUUGCCGGUUUCUUCCGGCUUUCGCCACCGCCUUUUCCCAACUUCAUCGCUGUCGCAAAGCCCCUCGACUCGCUCUUCCCUCAUUUUCUCGCCGGAACACCGCUUCCCGUGCAGCACCCGCUAUUUCAUCGGCUCUGGAAACCAAAAAGGACUCUUUUGUUGCAGACCCUUCUGCUUCUCCGGUGAGAAUAAUCGCUCUUGUUGGAGAAGCUAGCGUCAGCCCUCUGAAAUGCGCUCCAUGGGAGGAGGUCUUGCUCCACACUGCAAAAAGGCUGAAAUGGGUUGAUGAAGGAUUUGAAAUGCUCGUCUUCACAGACAAGCAAUGUCGAUCCGAUGGUAAAAAAACUGAGGAUCUCCAGAAGGAAUUAGUCUAUGCUGAUAUUUUGGUUAUAGUGGCUGUUACAAAUCAAAAUUCAGUCAAGUGGAUUCAAACCAACAGCAAAAACAUCCCAAACAUAAUUUGCUUCAACUCUUCCUCGGCUUUAACAAAUAAACUAGGUGGAUUUUUUGUCAAUGAAAACCCAGGGAACAUAUUCAGCAGAGUGGCAAGAAUUUCUCAAUCAAAGGAAAUAAAUAAAUCAAGGGAAGUGGUCCAGACAAUAUCUGAGGCAUGGGAUCGCCAUAAUUCGGAUGACAUAAGAUUCUGUUUGCUAGUUAUAAUUAAUGCUUGCAUAAGGCCAGUCUCAAUGCUAAAGAAUCUGAGAUCUAAGGGUUUUUCUACUUUGAACUGCAUGGUGAGGAACUGUGGACCCCAAAUAUUGAACUGCAUAUUGGAUCCUAAUUGUAGGAAAGCUCUUCAAUGCUUGAACCAGUGCAGUCCAGUAGAUCAGGUGUGCAAUUACCAAUGUAUUGCUUCUUAUGAAAGUCCAAACCUAGAAGCAUUUUCAUUGUGUGUUUUACAGAAGAACAAUUGUCUUGAAUUGGAUGCAACAAUCCCCGAAAAACCUUAUGUGCUUCCGAUGGUUAAGUUUCGUGGGGAAGAUUUGUGCCAUGAAACUGCAGAAGAUCUUUUCGUGGGUUGGUUGGGUAGUCGAGAUUGGAGUUGGCGUGUUGUAGCCGGGCAAAACCCUGCUUAUGAUCAAUUUCCUUGUCAGUACCAGCUAUUCUACAGGGGGAAGGCAAAAGGAUCAUUUUGGUAUGAACCAGUUUUUAAGGUCAGAACCCUGGACGGGGAAUUGAUGUGGAGGAGGAGAAAAUAUCGAGUUAAGAGGGCCAAAAUUCCAGGGACAUUUUACUUCAGUGUCUUGGAUAAUGGGGUUGUUUCAAAUGAGUUCUGGACAAUUGUUGAUGUUUCUGAUGACCUCAGCUGGGGCUUGUUUCAUUAUAACGGUGCUGCUCGAGUCGCAGGACAGUCCUAUACUGGUGCUGUGCUUGUUAGCCCUGAUGGCAAACAGCCAAAUGAGAAGGAGAGGCCACGAUUAGCUUCUGCCCUGGGUAAGUGUGGAAUCAAAGAGUGGGAGCUAUAUACAGUUGAUAAUUGUUCGUGCCAAGAUCCGCCACUGGGGAUUCCAGAGGGAUCGAGUUUGCAUAGUAAGAUUGAAGUUAAAUGCUCAAUUCUUGAUUCUUAAGAAAAGGUCUUUGUAAGCAUAUGAGCAAAUUCAUGAGCAUGUACACCAAUGCGUACAAUUCAUGAAUGUGCAUAUGUUUUGUAACAAUUGAAUUCAAUGUUAUGCAUGUAGUGUAUGCAUA